AAAUUACAACAAUUUAAAAAUAAAAUCUAAAUUUCUAAAUUUAUUUCAAAUACAUUAAGCACAUGGUAGAAGCCAUUCAAUUUGUUUGAUACUUGUUGCAACGGAGCUAUAUAGAUAUGCGUUUUCGUCGAAUUUGUAUUGCUGAAAAUAAGAAAAUACCGAGUACGAUAAUUCUCCACGAGGGCGGCGGUGGUGUUCACAGAUUAACGGAUAACAUUUGUCCACCGUCCUGGUUCCCCACAUACGUGUAAGGACCCUAAAAAAUCAAAAUAAGUUGACUAAGGUUUUUCAAAAGUAAUUUUUGUUAAAGCAUUAUUUGUCAUAUAUUUAGAUAACCCUAUAAUUUUGUAUAAAUCUGUUGUAACAUAGAAAUAUAAUAAAAAAGAUAAUAAAACUGAUAAUGACGAAGAAGAAAGCAGUGCUUAUGGUCUGUUUAGGAAAUAUUUGCCGCUCUCCAAUUGCAGAAGCUAUUUUUGAUGAUAAAAUUAAAAAGAUAGGUUUAACUGAUCAGUGGGAAGUUGAUAGCGCAGCUCUUAUAGGAUAUCAUACCGGUAAAAGUCCUGAUCCAAGAGCUGUCUCUGUAUUGAGAGAAAAAGGAAUUACUAACUAUUCUCAUAGUGCUAGACAGAUUACGCUGGACGAUUUUCAUAAAUAUGAUUGGAUAUUUGGGAUGGACUAUGAAAAUUUAAAAGUAUUAACUGAUAUGAAACCGCAGAACAGUAAAGCAGUAGUUGAUAUGCUUGGGAAAUAUGAUCCAUUAAAAGAAAUAAUAAUACGUGAUCCUUACUAUGAUAAUCAUAAUGAUGGAUUUAAGGCGGUAUUUGACCAGUGCACAAGAUGUAUUAUAGCGUUUUUAGAAAAAUAUGAAGGUAUGGCAAAAAAAAAUAAAGUACUUAUGGUUUGUUUAGGAAACAGUUGUCGGUCUCCAAUAGCUGAGGCGGUUUUUAAUGAACAAAUUAAACAAAUGAAUUUACUUAAUUAUUGGGAAACAGAUAGCGCAGCAAUUCUGAAAUAUCAUAUAGGCAAUCCACCUGAACCAAGAGCCAUGUCGACGCUUCAUAAACAUGGAAUUACUGAGUACUCUCAUAUAGCAAGACUCCUUACAAAAGCUGAUUUUAACGAAUAUGAUUGGAUUUUUGGAAUGGAUGGUUAUAUAAUAGAAUGUUUGGAUCAUUAUAGACCAAAAAAUAGUAAAGCAAUUGUUGAAAUUUUAGGGAAAUAUGAUCCCAAUGGAGAAAUUAAUAUAAGGGAUCCAUUAUUUGAUGAUGAUAGUCAUGGAUUUGAAAAAGCAUAUGAACAGUCUUUAAGAAGUAUACGAUCUUUUUUAAUACAUCAUAAAAAUAGAGAAAAUUAAUUAUAUUUUUAUUUAACUUUUCGACCAGAAACAUAAACUUCCAAAAUGUUACGAUCAUCUCCAGAAUAUAUAAAUCUUUGUAAUUGCUCUUCUAAUGUAUAAUUUAUUAAAUUAUCUAUUGGGCUAUCACUAAUAUUCAUAUUUAUUACAAGUGCAUCAAAUUGUUUACUAGGCAUUAAAUUACCUACCUCCUCAUCGAUUCCUAAUGCUGAAAUAUAUAAAGAUAUUCAAGGAUAUUAAGCAAGAUUGUUUGACACCAUUAAUGCAGAUCUCAUUGCUUCUACCAUACUGGAGCUUUGUCCUCCGGCUACAUCUAGUGAUAAAAUAAUUAUAUAUUUUAUAUGCAAAUUUAUCUGACAUCAUAAAAAAAUUUAUAAAGAAA